GUUGCCUUUGCGUAAUUUGUAUGAUGUCUUCACCAAAAUCGAUAAGAAGCCGUUUCAUUCGUACAUGUGUAUCGGUAAUGAAUAGACAUAAAAUUUAAAUACAUCUACUGUUUUUUUUCUAUAACACCUCCCGAGUUUUAAAAAUCGGAUCUGGCAACACUGCAGGUCAGGUGUCAUCAGAAGAUCAAAAGGGAGAAUUGUUUUGAAUAACUGAACUUAUAAUCGGAAAUAAUCGACGAGUUCCAUUGUACAAAAAACUGUUUUUAAUACAAUUAUAAUGGCUCCGAAGGCGGGUGGUGAUUCUGCCAAAGUUAAUUCAGCGGUUUAUAAGGAUAAAAGCAAGCCUACAGAUAUUCGGCUUAGUAAUAUUAAUGCCGCAAAAGCUGUGUCAGAUGCUAUAAGAACUAGCUUGGGUCCUCGUGGAAUGGACAAAAUGAUACAAGCAGCUAAUGGAGAAGUUACUAUUACAAAUGAUGGGGCAACAAUUUUGAAGCAAAUGAGUGUUAUUCAUCCAGCUGCCAAAAUGUUGGUUGAAUUGUCUCGUGCACAAGACAUCGAGGCUGGUGAUGGCACUACUUCGGUGGUAGUCAUUGCAGGCGCCUUAUUAGAUGCUGCUGAGAAGCUAUUACAAAAAGGAAUUCAUCCUACAGUAAUUUCCGAUGGUUUCCAAAAAGCUCUGCAACUGUCAUUACAGGUGGUAGAAGGUAUGGCCAUGCCUGUAGAUCUGUCCAAUGAAGAUGCCUUAUUGAAAGCAGCAGCAACUUCAUUAAAUUCUAAAGUGGUGUCGCAGCAUUCAACUAUUUUGGCUCCCAUUGCAGUUCAAGCAAUUCGUGCUGUAAUGGAGCCCAUCACUAAUGGAGUUGGUGCUAGGGUGGACUUACGUGACGUGAAAGUGAUUGAACGCAUUGGUGGAACAGUUGAAGACACAGAAUUAAUUCAAGGACUCGUUAUUCCGCGUCGUGCUGCUAAUGUUAAUGGGCCGCAUCGCAUUGAAAAGGCGAAAGUUGGACUAAUACAGUUUUGCAUAUCACCACCAAAAACGGAUAUGGAUCACAAUGUUAUAGUAUCAGAUUAUGCUGCUAUGGAUCGCGUGUUAAAAGAAGAACGUCAGUAUAUUCUCAAUAUUGUAAAACAAAUCAAGAAGGCUGGCUGUAAUGUGCUGCUGGUACAGAAAUCAAUUUUGAGAGAUUCUUUAAGUGACCUGGCUAUACAUUUCUUAGAUAAAAUCAAGACGAUGGUUAUCAAGGACAUAGAACGCGAAGACAUUGAAUUCGUAUGUAAGACAUUGGGUUGUCGCCCUAUAGCGUCUUUGGACCAUUUCACUGCCGAGAAUCUAGUUAAUGUGGAUUUAGUAGAAGAGAUAAAUGAACCAGGAGGGAAAUAUAUCAAGAUGUCGGGGUGCGGUCAGGGCGGGCGCACGGUGUGCGUGUGCGUACGCGGGUCGUCGGGCGCGGUGGUGGCGGAGGCGGCGCGCUCGCUGCACGACGCGCUGUGUGCCGUGCGGUGCGUGGCGCGCCGUCCCGCGCUGCUGCCGGGCGGGGGCGCGCCCGAGGCCGCCGCCGCCGCCGCGCUCGCCCGCGCCGCCGUCGCCGCGCCCGGCGCGAACCACUACUGCCUGCGGGCCUACGCCGACGCGCUCCAGGUGGUGCCCUCCACGCUCGCUGAAAACGCAGGCUUGAACCCGAUCGAGACGGUGACGGAGCUGCACGCGGCGCACGCGGCAGGGGCGGAGACUGGCGCGUGGUCGGGCGCAGGCGUGAACGUGCGCCGCGGACGCGUCACCGACAUGCGCCAAGAGCACGUGCUGCAGCCGCUGCACGUCACCGCCAGCGCGCUCGCGCUCGCCACCGAGACCGUGCGCGCCAUACUCAAGAUCGACGACAUCGUAAACACAAUGAAUUAAUCUUUGUGUGACCACACAUAACGUGUAUUCAAUAAAAUGUUUAAAUUAUUAAUUGCAUUUACAUCUUAAUUUGAUUUAAAAUAUUAGCUUUGCAUAGUUAAACAUUCACAAAGAGCGUCACAACCACAAUGUGAUGGUAACAUUCUUAUUACAAAUUAUUUUCUUCUUUAGCUUUCAUGUAAUUAAUCAGUAUAUUUUAGUUUUAUUACCCACUAAACAAAAUAGUAUUAACUAUAUUAUAAUUUAAUGAAAUAAAAUUAUUUCACAAA